GUGGUGGUCUGUCACGCGGUGGGCCAGGCCGCCCAGUUCUCGGUCAGCGUGGGGCCCGCCUCGGCCGUGGGCGGGGGACGCCGGCUGUACGACGUGCGGCUCUCCCCCUUCCAUCUACAGCUGGAGCUCCACCUGCAAGAAAAGAGAGAGGACAUCCAGGUUCGGUGGUCCUUCAUCAGCGUGCCGGAAAUGGCCAUUAAGGUCCAACCCAAAGCACAGGGGGAGGACCAGGGGGCUGAGACAGGUGCAAUAUCUGACACCCUCAAGGACAUCCUAAAGUGCGCGGUUGGCUCUGCCUCCCCGUCAGUGGUUCUGAGCGCCAGGCCUGUGAAUGUAACGGAAGUUCAGAAUCUACAGUGUGCUCCAUCUACUGCUCAGGAAUCCUGCCCUCCUAAGCCUCCAAGGGCUCACGAACUAAAACUGCUGGUGAAGAACAUCCGCGCCUCGCUGCUAAACGAUCCUGGUGCUUCAGGCGACACUAACACAGUGUGCAUAGCUGAGCUGAACGAGCCUGCUCAGAGGUUCUCCAGCGCCCUAGUGAAAAAUACUAGCAGCCUCACCUGGGAAGAAGAAUUCACCUUUGAGCUGAAUGCCAAGUCGAGGGAGCUACACCUGCAGAUUUCGGAGGCGGGCUCAGGAGGUCUGUUGGCGGUGACGAUGGUUCCUUUAGACUUAUUUAAGAAGCAGCCUUCUGGACCACAGAGCUUUACGCUGACCGGCGGGUCCGCCCUUGGCAGCUCGGUGCUGGGUUCGGUCACGGCAGAGUUUUCUUACGUAGAACCCGGUGAACUGAAAUCCUGGCCAGUCCCUCCCUCUGUUCCCGCUGCAAAGAUAGAGAAGGACCGCACAGUGAUGCCCUGUGGGACCAUAGUCACUACUGUCACUGCCGUGAAGACCAAGCCUCGCUUCGACAUGGGGAGGGCAUCCCCGCCGAGCUCUGAGUCUCCUGCGAGGACGCCCGUCAAGGUGAAGGUGGUCGAGAAGGACAUCUCCGUCCAGGCCAUCGCCUGCCACGGCGCCCCCGUCAGCAAGACGCUGUCUUCUUCGGACACAGAACUGUUGGUGUUGAACGGUUCGGACCCGGUGGCUGAAGUGGCCAUUCGACAGCUCAGUGAAUCUUCAAAGCUGAAACUCAAGUCUCCGCGGAAGAAGAGUACCAUUAUCAUAUCAGGGAUCUCCAAGACCUCACUAUCUCAGGACCACGACACUGCCCUGAUGCAGGACUAUGCGGCCUCCAUGGACAGCGCCCCCCAGGAGGACACCUCGUCCCACCUGGAUGCAGCUGCGGCCUCUGCCCCGCCGGAGGAGGACCAGCCAGCCCAGGCCCCCCCUGGCCCCGAGCCCCAGGAAAAUGAACUGGACUCCUGGGACCUGGAGAAGGAGUCCCAGGCUGCCGCGUGGAGCGGCCCAGCCGCACUGGACCCUGAUGGGGACGAGCUGUCGGAGAGCUCCCUGAGCGUCUCAGAGCCGGGCGCCGCCAAAAAGCGUAAAGGAGGAAUCCUGAGGAAAAGUGCAAAGCUGUUCUUCCGCCGGCGGCAUCAACAGAAAGACCCAGGCAUGAGCCAGUCACACAAUGACCUCGUGUUCCUGCAGCAGCCGGAGGGGGCCCGGAGGAAGGGGGUCACCCUCACCAGGAUUCUGAACAAGAAGCUGCUCCCCAGGCACAGAAGCAAGCACGCCAUGAACGGCGCGCCCCUGGAACCCUGCACGUAGGGCCUGAGGAUGGCGCCUCCUUGAAGCCGGAAGACGUGGACCCGCACUAACCGCCCUCCGCAGGACAGAUGGAGAGUGUCAGCCACCUGUCUGACACCCCGCUUGUCUAGCUGGGUUUUUUCCAACAAUCUAGUCUUUUAAAGGGAAAAAAAAAAUCUCAGUCUCCAGCCAGGAGGCUGCCCCUAGAGAGGACUGAAAAAGCCCCAUUUGCCACCAGAUGCCAAAUGAGACCGACGGCCCCAUAGCUUGGCUGUGCUCAGAUCCAAGAGUUCAGGGUGAACGCUAGAAGGAGAUGUACAUUGUGGUAAGAUCGUGCCCUCAGUGGACUGUGGAGGGCAGGUUUGGGGGACCCACUCUGCACUCUGACAAGUGUUGUUUUGGGUCCAUGCCUGGACCACGUCACAAAGAGGAGGUGCUCGCUGUGCUGUCACUGUGAAUGGAACAGAUGGGUCACCUCUCCUAAUUUGCUGCUUAGAAUAAAAAGGUGCAGCUGGCCCCGAGUACAGGGAGGUGGGACAUAGGCAGGGUUUUGAUAAAUAGAGAAAUUGUGAUAGGAAUGGAAAUGCUAUGACAAAUGUAGGAAGAUAUUUGCCUUUGAUAUUAGCCAUAGAACUCGAACACUUAUGCAAAUACUGAAUAUAUCCUAUGCAUAUGUAUUAUGCUGAACACCUCCCUAAGUUUACUUUGAGCCUCCUUGCAAGUGGAAGAUACAGAAGUUCUUAUGUGGUUUUUACAUUCUUCGCUAUCAUGAGAAAAGCUCUCCAACUACCGUUGGAGCAGGUGACACCCAGAUCUUUCUUCCUGCCUGUCAUACUUGCUAGACAAGAGCACAGCAAGUCUGUCGAAGGAAGGUAGGAGCAACAAGAGCUCACAGAUCAUGCUAACCACACACAUGGUUUUUGCCAAAUACUGCCAAAGGCCAAAACAAAGUGCUUUUAGGGCAAUAGAGAAAAUUAUUUGUGUCUCUGGUGUCAGUCUUAGGAAUGGAAGUUUAACAACCGGGGCCAAACUUCCGAUAGACGUGCUUGUUAAAGAGCAGCUGUCACUGGGCAAAUGGUUUGGCAGAUCAACAAGAUUCAUUUUCCUCCAGUAAGAUUUAAAAGGCUAUUCCGAACACUUGACUUCUGUCAUGGAUAUGAAAUUGGGUGAGCUUCUUUCUCCAGGCUCUUUUGUUGAUCCUUAAACAUUAAAUGUCUUAGGGGCCAUAGAGCCGUUGCUGAGCAAAAACCUAUAUAAAAACAAAAGUUAUAGAAUUCUUUUUUUGAGGAAGAAAUUUGAAAACUACAUUAAGAAUUUCACUUUAAAAUACACAUUAAAAACUUCUUAGGUGUUCCAGGAAUGAGCAAGUUACUUUAAAAUGACUUUUUCACCAUCCCUUGUUUUUAAAAAUUAUGUUCCAAUUUUAAUCAUUGUAAAACAGCACCUGGAGUUUCAAAAUAUAUUAAUACUACCAAGUUAGUCCCCAAAGUUAGUAAUCACUAGCAGUCCUUCGGGACGGACGGUCACACUAACAUUUUGUUCUACUUGAAGUGUUACUACUGUGGGUCACGUGACAAACAGAACCUCUGACACAUAGGAAUUAAUUCUAAGAGGAUAUCAUGUGUCAGAAUUUCAGACACUAAUCAGAAGUUUAUAAUAGUGUUUUUUGUUUGAUUUUGAAAUUCAGGUGGACUCAACGGAUCCAAUGUAUUCCAGUGUGAAGGUAUCAGAAUUUUAGAUUAAGAUUUCUCGCCGUCGAAAGAAAAAAUGUUUUUAGCCAUCCCAUUCCCAGGUUAACCCCAUGAACAUUGCGUUCGCUGUUUAACACCUGUGUCUAGGGCUCUGCUUCCUGUAGACACACUCACCUCCGUCUUGCGGCCUUUUCUGAAGUGACGGAAAACACUAACUUGGCAGGGAGUUGACGAGGAAAUGAAGAAAGCAUCAGGGUGGCACUAUGAGAGAACGGGCUGUGUUGAUACUGUGAAUGUUUCUUUUCUAAGCUGUUUGUUCCGGGUUUGUUUUCUCACGGUGUCGGGUAUUUAUGUUAAAGUCAAUGUCGAUUAAGAUCAUACACCAAACGCUAAACAUACUAAUGUGUAUUUUAGUGACUAAUGUGUAACUUGGUUCCUUCGUCUCUUCGACAAGCUUUCGUGGCUUGAGGGAUCUUGUUUUUGGUUUUUGUCUCGAUGAAAUUUUUGCAGUGGUAUUUUCAGAGUGAUUCCUCAUGAACACUGCUAUGAACGUGUGUCUGUGUCUCUGGAACCAGGCGCUCAAGUCGCACUUAGUGAGCCUAAAGCCCUUCCGUUGUGCCGUUGGAGGGUGUGCCUGUGUGCUCUGCGGAGCUUAAGUGUGUGUGCGUUUGUGUUAAUGUAGCAACGACGAAAUCUCCUUGUUCAGCUGGAAACCUGCUGCGAGAAAGAGUUUUGACAGAGCACUUUAUUUUCAUCAAGUUCCAAGUUUAAGUCCAAAACCAGCCCUCCCGAUUGCUGCUUGGCCAGCCGCCAGCCAGAUACAAAUCAGGUGCCCAUCUAGACGUUUGCUUGGGUUUUACUGGCCACAUCUGUAGAAGAGAGUUGUGAAUUUUCUUUUUUAGCAGAAAGGGAAAGAUUAAUUUACAUUGCUGCCAACAAAAGCGGGUGUUUUCUGGGUAAUAAUCUCGAGGCUCUCGGUCUGGAUAUCUCAGAGUACCGAUUGGCGGAUGCGGGAAGUCAGAACAUUGAUCCCAUCAGAGAGAAAACAGGUCUCGGCAGUAUCCCCACUGCCCCAGGUAGGCAUAGCCGUGAUUACCAAAGCAACCAGCACGGGGCAAGGCCGCUCUUGCAUCCUGCAAAGCAAACUCAGGUUACCUUUGGCUCAUGACCUUCCAUGUUCCCGUUUUAUGUGCGACAAGGCAUUUGAAAUGCAUGAAACUGCCCAGUUCCCUCAGCUAACAGCUGGUCAGUAACGUACCAUUCAUCGAGGCUUGUAGUUUGCUGUUUUUUUCCCCCGAUGUUAUGUCAAACCUACAUUUUAAAAAGAGAAGAAAAGCUUUUCCAGGUCUGUGGGAAGAUUUGGCCAGAUGCUGGAGUGUGGUGGUAAAUUUACGUGGCAGUGAUUGUAUUUCUUGGUAGCACUUUAAAAACAGAAGUCAGUCCUGCACCAGGCCUGCGCCCCGGGCUCUGGGCGGGCUUCUUUGGACACGUGGCUGGAACAUGAACAAUCUCUGAAAGAAAUAAACG